AUGGACGACAAUCUGUGGGGCGAUUUUGCGGCGCCCACGGAGGCCACAGACAGGAACGGUGUGUCUACGGCUCAAGAUGGUGCUAGGGAGAUGGGUUCUGGUGCUGCGAACGACAAGGUGUCUGCAAUCAAGGACACCGUGACUAGGUUGGACCAUGCGGACCCUAAGAUGGGAUCAUGGAGUGAACUGGUACAACUAAUAGCGGAUGAGACGCGGGGCGAGGAAUUGACCACCUUCAAAGACCUAUUACAAGAUGUUUCCGACGUUAACGACAAGUUGCAGACCGGUGUCGCACUGAUUCACUACAUUAUUGUGUUCAAUAGGGCACCGUAUAUUGAGCUGUUGGCACUGAAUACGAGAAGUGCAUCUCCGCUAAACUUCAACCUGGUUGACGACGUGGUGGGUUACUCUGCUCUGAUGUGGGGGGUUGCGCUUUCGAGGAAAGAUUGUCUGAUCGAACUCUUCAAUUUUGCUGAUUCGAUCAACUUUGACUCGAGAAACAAAGAAGGGAUUAACGUCUGGGACCUUCUUUUACCAGGAACCCCAGUGUACGAUCUCCUAGACCAAAAUAAUAUCUUCAGAUACCGAAAUCAAAAGAGUUCGUUUGUCCAUGAUAACUCCACCAACGCGGAAACGGUAAACGAAGGCGAUGACCUUGAUGACGCCAAUUUGCAAAAAAACAUAGACCUGCAAAUCGCAGGGUUGUCGUUAAAUGCAUCGUACAAUGAUCACGAUGAUGACUUCUACAACAAAAGCAAUUUGAAGGUCGAUCCUUUAGGAGACAACACGGAACAGAUUAGCUUCAACGAUCUGGGUGACAAGUUUGACUUUAAUAAACUGCAAAAAUAUCAGUAUCUAGAGUUUUCUGAUUACGAUAUUCCUCAAAUACUGGACUACCUGAUCACUUUGCCCAAACGUUAUCCUCACAUGACGACGUACCCUGCUGCACUUCUGUACCAGUGCGUGCGAUACGCCGAUAACAAAAAAAAGAAUGCCAAAGCUGAGGUCCAAUCGCUGUUGUUCCUAGCCUUCACCAAAAUCGCUAGUUCUAUCUCCACCGCCAACGUCACCACGUCAACAGAGACAACAAAUAAUGAAGGUGGUGACAACGACGACGACGAGAACGACAAUCAACGAAGGGGUGCCAGUAGCACAAAGGAUACAAAGCCUAAAAAAUCUGUGGACAUUGUCACUCAGUCCUAUUGGAUCGGAGCAUUGACUUUCAUUUACUACUACCUGACCAAAGACGAAACUUUUUUCAAGAGACACCCAAAUAUAUUGCAAGAGCUUGUCAAUACGUUGCAUUCCAUUAUGGUCGAGCUGGUGACGUCAAUCCACUCGAGACUAACGCCCUUGAUCCAAAAGGCGCUCCUGAACUAUACUACCAUCGAGGACGUCAAAGAGACGCUGUACAAAAAAGACUGGAACUUUUUUAAGAAAAGGAAACAUGCAAAGCUGGUCGCCAAACAGAAGGAAAGGAGAUUACAGAAACAUCACGAAUUGGAGAAAAGCAAAAGUGACGAUGAUGCCGACGAACCUGAUACACAGAGCACUAACACCGCACCGAAAGCCGAAGAAGAAGAGCAGAGAAGAAAUUCCAUAGAUGCAGAGAUAUUAAGACACCUCUACCCACCUUCUCUAGAGGAACAAAUGAAGCCAUCCCCUUUGAAAAUAGUUCAAAUUUUUGGUGCUUUAUUGUACGUGCUAAAUCUACACCAAAUUCAUCCCUUGUUUCAACAACAGUGUUUGUCCAUUGCCAUUAAGUGGUUCUCAAAUACUGUUUUCAAUCAAAUCUUGAAGGACAAAAAGAAGAAGACACUGUCGAGAGCUCGUGCAAUUCAAAUAAGAUUGAAUUUAUCAACGCUAGAAUCUUGGAUUAAAAAUAAUGACCUUGUCGUCGAGAAACCCAAACUGAUCGACGAUUUCAUGUGGGAAAGGUUUCCAUUCACAUUAGUUCAGGACUUGGCUGACAUCGACUUGAACAAUCCAACCCUGCAUAGUGUCACGACUUAUAAACCAGUUGGAGAGGUCAUUGUAAUCACUGAUACGAGUAACUCUUUGUUUUUUUACCAAAGCUUCCACAAAAUCGCAGACAUUCAUUUAACCCCAUUGUUUCAGCUACUUCAAUGGUUGCAGGUGGCAACAACAUUGAAUUCUGAGGAGGCUCUGGAUAAUACACUAACACUAUUACCAAACCUAUCUCCAGCACAGAUACUUAAGGCAAUUGAUAAAUACAAUUAUGAGGUAGGUGAGCACAAAUUCGGCUCAAAACUGAGACAAAAGUUGAGUGGGAUGGCAAAAAUUACUUCCAAAAUCACAUAUCUUGAAGAGAGACAAGUUCCGCUUGUUGCCUUGCCCACUGUACCUGAACUGACCGAUUUGUUUGCAAAUGAAAGAGAUUACCAACCAUUCCUGCCAGAUGACAUUCAGGAUUUCGUUUACGAACUGCAUGAUGCAAACCACAAAAUGAGGAUGAACGAUAUAAUGGACGAUCAUGAUAUGGUCGAAGAGACUGAGCUCCAAAAGGAGCUUUCCUAUGGGAACGCGAAUGACGUCGCAAGUGGAAACCCGUCCAUCACUGCUGAUAAUAUUUUCAACAGUAUCGAUGAGCCAACGAGUACUGUUGCCCAACCUGUAUGGGGAUCCGUUGCUGCAACUAACAAUGACGAAUUCGAAACAAACCCAUGGUAA